UAUUGGUAUUGGUUCUUAGUUUGGUGUUAUGUAUGGCUAGACUCAUUUAGCUGGCACUACAAUGACUAUUAUUUUGAUGCCCGAUGAAUACUUUCCUACAAGUGAUAACAAGUGAUAUUCGUAGCUGCAAAUUAUGGUUGCCGACCACAUUAAGACUCAAAACUUCUCUUAUCUUGUUAUUCGUGGUGUAUGCGACUACGCAGAUACCCAUCCGAAUGAUGACUGGAAAUACUACCUAUGCUGCUGCAGCAUAUGGGAAGGACCUUUUGUCUCAGGUGGUUCCAGAACAGGUUGAAGAUGAGAGACCUGUCGAACCUAGUACUGCCCGUCCUCCAUCAGGAGGAAAUGACCAACCAGUCUCUAUUUCACAGCCUGGCGGUACCUCUCAACCUGGAGUCAGUCACCAACCUAGAGACCCUUCCCAACCUUCCCAAUCUUCAGGCAAUUGCCAGCUUGGAUCUCAGGUGCACACUGGGUAUAUCAACAGAAUAGGACAUUUCCUUAAACAUGAGAUCGAUGAAGCUAUUAGAUAGGAUAAGUGUGGGUUUGAGAUUGCACUGAGGACUCUUGUCAAUGGAAUUGAUCUGGUGAACGG